UUUUCCCCAUAUCCCCCUGAACACCACCUUGGUGGAGGGGCGAACUCGUCCUCAAUAAAGGGCCUUAGCACAAUUAGCAAUCUCCCCCGUCUCCGACCCUCGCCCCCUCCUCUUCUCCGAGGGGAUUGUCCUGUUUCGGCCCUUGCCAGCGUUGGCAGGGUGACAGUAGUCGAGUGUGCAAACUUGUGCUAUUGUUCCUGGGCCAGUGGGAGCCAUGGAGACCCCACUAAUAUGACACAGGAAAAUGUUUGCUGAUGGCAGUUCUAUGGGCUUUGUCCAAGUCUUUUUCUGCAUCAUGACGACUCGAUUUAAGUUUCGAACUGUUUGACUACAAAUGCAAAAGUGCUAUCCAAGUCCUUUGCCUUUGUCCUCUGCGGCUUCAAUGGGUAAUUCAGCUUUUGUGUGGCUCGAUUGAGGGGGCAAACAUAAAGACAAGAUUCUUGAGCUCUCAGGUCCGCUUUCCAUGGAUAUGCGCUUUUUUUUUCUCUCUUCCCCCUGAAAUCAACCCUAGAUGGAAAAGGAAAAGUCCGCAUCGGAACACUUGAAGUGUUAGGAAACGGCCUCUCACCUUAAAUGAUGUAUGCGGUGGUCUUCAUAUUUGUUUUAAAAAAAAAAAAAAAAAAGUACCCAUUUCUUUUAUUUAAAUUACAUCAAUAUCCCAAUAGGUAAAGUGGCAAGGGCAGGGGCGCAAAUCCUAAAAGGCGUGUGUGCGCGUUUUCCGAUGGGCUUCUAUGACAACAAUCUGCGAUUGGGAAGAAUGCGGGGGCCUCGAGUGUGAUUGGGGUGUAUUGUGUCCAAGAAGAAGGUGCUGAUUGGUCUAAUGAAAACCCCCGAAUUGUAUGCACUUUAAAUUCAUUCAGCUGCCUCAAGUGCUAAAGUGAUGAUGAUGACGCCGAUUUGUGCUCAGUCGCUCUGCGGAUGCUAGCGGGCCCGAGGUCGGUGAUGAACUGGGCUGCAUCUUCGUCCGCCUGACUGAUCCGAAGGUUCAAAUCGCCCGUUCGAUACGAGGGGCGCACUGCACGGGGCGUUUUCAAGUCCAGGUUGCAGAUUUCAGCCAGAACAAGCCAAAGACCUCUUCCACAAAUCCACUGGUUCGCCUUCACCUGCACUUCGGACUGCCCCCCGCUCUACUUGACGAGAUGCUUUUGGAUUAAAUGUUCUCCCUCGAGUAUGGCUUACACCGACAGUGAAGUGAAGACCCUCCUCAAUUUUGUCAAUCUCGCCUCCAGUGACAUCAAAGCUGCUUUGGACAAAUCGGCCCCCUGCCGAAGGUCCGUGGACCACCGGAAAUACCUACAGAAACAGCUUAAGCGGUUCUCCCAGAAGUACUCGCGGAUCCCCAGGUGUUCAGCACACCGCAGCGCCGAAUCCCCGAUGCCUAAAAAGGGAGAUGGGAAAUCGACAGGUGCCGCCCCGGAGGCGGCGCAGGGCAGCAACCUGGCUUUAGCGGUACUGGCAAACAAGGACAGCGACACCUCGAAACGUACGAGCCCGAGCGCCGGGGUCGAUAAGGACUGUGGGUUGCACGAUCAGGUGCCCAUGCGGAAGCGACAGUUACCUGCGUCCUUCUGGGAAGAGCCUACCUCUUCCAACGGCCUCGAGCGGCCCGGCAUGAAGGGCGCCGACGAUCAGCACCUCAAGCGGAACGGGGGCGACUCGAGCAAGCUGGCAGAAGGAAACCGGGCCGCCCCACAAGUGAGUGCGGCGUCGUCCAGGGCCAGGAUGUGCGGUUGCUGCCCGUUCCCGUGUCACGGUCAGCAGUUACACCAAGGUCACCUCGUGCUACCCCAUGUCGGCUUCUCUGACGUCGCUUUAUGGGGAAAAGCUGGUUCCUGUCCAAGCGAAGCGCUGGGCUUUGGCCACUCGAGCCACGCGCACGUCGUGCUCAAGCCCAUCCCAACAAAGCCCCCCAUCCCGUCGCCCAUCUUCAGCGUGUUUGGAUUUAUUUAAGGUGCGCUGCUUGUGACGCAAAGACGAACCUGGCAGGAGCCGACCGGAGAGAGCAUGGGAGAGUCUUCUGAAGAAGACACAUAGAAGAAACAGCGUCGGGGGGCGACGAGAAACGUAGACACCUUUGUUCGAACGGCUUUUCUAAACGCCGCAGGUGUCUGCCUGCUUAUCAGCCCCCGGAAAAUGCGAUUACCCUUUACAAAGUGCCUGCGCCAGCUUUGAAAGACUUGGAGCAAAGAGAAAAGGAGCUGAGCGAAGAAAGGGUUAAAAAAUCAACAAAAAAUAUGGGAAAUAAAUGCGACUGGCUGUUAAACGUGAGCCCACGGAGAUAGCACUUUAAAUCUGAAAUAAGCUGGCCAUGUCUAGGACCGGGAACCUCUGUAUGGUCGUUUGACGAAACAGCGGACGAUGAGGUGCAAAUGUAUAGAAACUGAGGAGAAAAUCGAUUCGACUGUGUUGUUUGUGUCUGUCUGUGUACUGUGGGCAUUACCCAUAUAGCGUCUUUCUUCAGUGCACACCUUUUUCGUGUAUGGUCUGCAUAAAACCAGUAAUGUGAUCACCGGGUAAGUUCAGUGACUCGCUCGGAGUCAAAUGUGAUAUAGAGCCUUCCUCCUUAAAUUGUGUAUCCAUAGUACUACUGCUCAAUUAUAUGUAUAUAUUAAAACUUGAAAACGGUA